CUUAGUCCCUUAUUAACUAUUCAUAAGAGGGUGGGGUCACAUUUUUGUGACCUGAAAAAAAUCCCAUUAAUAAAUUUGUUAUCUGACACGAAAACACUUUAGGGUGAAAAGCAAUCCGUAUCACACCCCAUUUAACAUCAGAUCACAAGUUGUCAGUAAAUUGGGUCCUUUGUCUUUGCUUCUUGUGAGGUUCUUUAGCAGCAUAACUAAUAGGGCCAUUGUCUGGCGUUCAUUGACUCUCGCAAAUAAAGUACAUUUGUGGCUGCAAAUGGUAUUAAUGUGGGUUCUGUUUUUGAGUUCCUUGCAUGUGAAAUAACUGUUUAGGUGAAUUGCAUGUCUGGAAACAUUUUGCAGAUUAAAAAAAAUAAAAUGGGUGAUUGACAGGGGUGAGGUGGAUAAUUUAUGAUGGCUUUUUAGGCAAGUGACAAGCGGUCACCGGGACUGUUACAAUCCUCAAGUUAGAGACUGCACAAUAACAGGAGUUGUUUUUGCAUUAAAGGCUGGGGCCAAAAAGUGUUUCUUUUGAGUUAGAACAUGUGAGGCGCUGAGAAAGAUUGCUUUGAGUUGCAUGAAACCACGAAGCCCAGUGUUACAAAUGCGCCACCGACCCAAACAAAAUGUUUCACUUCCACUGAACUCAGAAAUGUUUGUCUGGCUGCAUUAAAAACAGGCAGCUAUAAACUCCCAAUUGCGAAGCAUUGAUCUGAAGGGGACAGUAGAUAUUCGAAUCUCUGCCUUGUGAUGUAGUCUAACAUCUUAUCGUUGCAAGUUUGUGAUUAAUUUCCUUCUGCUUUGUUAAGAAAAGAAAGGGGUAGGUGUUUCCAUUUGCAGGCCAGACACAGCAAUCCUGGAACAAACUCGGGGUGGAGCAUUGUUGUUGUUGUUGUUGAUGCACACCAGGAUUAUGGAAAGCCCCACAUUUUUAAUUUUUAUUUUUUUUUACAGAAAAGGGUAAAUCUGGGUAAAAAAAAAUCAUGCGUCACAAACCCAAGUGAAAGUUAUUUCUGUUUGAUUCCUAUUUUUAAAAGCCUGCUGCGAACAAUUGUGCAAGGUGAGACUUCUGAGUGGCAGCGACUCCCUGCAAAAGAAAAGCGAGCCACGAAGGGUUCGUUCGUCAUUAAGUCCUUCUCCUAAGAGUAGUUCGUACCAGCCGGGCGAGCAAGGGCCAGCGUGCUCUGUGCGCCACGCUUUCUAGGGAGCAGACACAAGCAUCCUCAGGUCAAAGGGUUAACAGCAAUUAACUGGAGUUGCUUUAGAGACAAAAGCAUUAUUUCACAAAAGCAUUAUUUCACCUGCCGUCAGUAAAAAAAAAAAAAAAAAAAAAAAAAAAAAAAAAAAGAAGAAGAGGAGGCCCAUUGUGUAGGGGUGUUUGAACUGAUUAUGUUUAGAGGCUGGUUGUGAUUGGUGGAGAAGGGCGUGGCUGAUUGGGUAGUUUUGCAUCUUGUCAGCCCAGGAGCACCCUUGCGCGUGUAAUCUGUCUGUAACCUGAGGAAGCUAAAGACUGUACAACAAGGCUUAAUAGAGCUUCAUGGCCCAGCACGCUGUUUGUGGUGGCAGCUAAAUGGAGUUUGUCAGGUUCCAGUGUCAGUGGCUAUGAUGACACCUCAAGUGAUCACUCCCCAACAAAUGCAGCAGAUCCUCCAGCAACAAGUGCUUACUCCCCAGCAACUCCAGGUCCUGCUCCAGCAGCAGCAGGCACUCAUGCUUCAACAGCAGCAGCUUCAAGAGUUUUAUAAGAAACAACAGGAACAGUUGCAGCUUCAACUUUUACAACAACAACAUGCUGGAAAACAGCCGAAAGAGCCCCAGCAGCAGCAGGUGGCUACACAGCAGCUGGCCUUUCAGCAGCAGCUCUUACAGAUGCAGCAACUGCAACAGCAGCACCUCCUGUCUUUGCAGCGCCAAGGUUUGCUGACAAUUCAGCCCGGCCAGCCUACCCUGCCUUUGCAGCCUCUCGCACAAGGCAUGAUUCCAACAGAACUGCAGCAGCUCUGGAAAGAAGUGACAAGCUCUCAUACGGCGGAGGAAACAGCAAGCAACAACCACAGCAGUCUGGACCUCUCCACCACGUGCGUCUCCUCAUCGGCACCCUCUAAGACUUCCUUAAUAAUAAACCCACAUGCCUCAACUAAUGGACAGCUAUCAGUCCACACUCCUAAGAGGGAGAGUUUGUCCCACGAGGAGCACUCACAUAGCCACCCGCUGUAUGGACAUGGUGUAUGCAAAUGGCCGGGCUGUGAAGCAGUAUGUGAAGACUUCCAGUCAUUUCUAAAACAUCUCAACAGCGAGCAUGCGCUGGAUGAUAGAAGUACAGCCCAAUGUAGAGUACAAAUGCAGGUUGUACAGCAGUUAGAGCUACAGCUUGCAAAAGACAAAGAGCGCCUGCAAGCGAUGAUGACACACCUACAUGUGAAGUCAACUGAACCAAAAGCCACCCCUCAGCCCCUGAAUCUGGUGUCAAGCGUCACGCUUUCAAAGACUGCAUCUGAGGCGUCUCCGCAGAGCUUACCUCAUACUCCGACCACCCCAACUACCCCCAUCACUCCUGUCACCCAGGGACCUUCUGUCAUCACUCCCACCAGCAUGCACAACGUUGGACCUAUCAGGAGGCGGUACUCUGAUAAAUACAAUGUGCCCAUUUCUUCAGCAGAUAUUGCCCAGAACCAAGAGUUUUAUAAGAACGCAGAAGUGAGACCACCAUUCACAUAUGCAUCUUUAAUUCGGCAGGCCAUCCUCGAAUCUCCGGAAAAGCAACUAACACUAAACGAGAUCUACAACUGGUUCACGCGAAUGUUUGCUUACUUCAGACGCAACGCGGCGACAUGGAAGAAUGCAGUGCGUCAUAAUCUUAGUCUUCACAAGUGUUUUGUGCGAGUAGAAAAUGUUAAAGGGGCAGUAUGGACAGUGGAUGAAGCAGAGUUCCAAAAACGAAGGCCACAAAAGAUCAGUGGUAACCCUUCUCUUAUUAAAAACAUACAGACCAGCCACACCUACUGCUCACCUCUCAAUGCUGCUUUACAGGCUUCAAUGGCUGAGAAUAGUAUACCUCUAUACACUACUGCUUCCAUGGGAAAUCCUGCUCUGGGCAAUUUAGCCAUUGCUAUGAAGGAAGAGCUUAAUGGUGCAAUGGAGCAUACGAACAGUAAUGGGAGUGACAGUAGUCCAGGACGUUCCCCUAUGCAAGCUAUGCACCCUGUGCAUGUCAAAGAAGAACCAUUAGAUCCAGACGAAAAUGAAGGCCCGCUAUCCUUAGUGACAACAGCCAAUCACAGUCCAGAUUUUGAUCACGACAGAGAUUAUGAAGAUGAACCUGUAAAUGAGGACAUAGAAUGAGUAUGUCUGACAUCCUUGUCCUGAGAAUGAAGAUUGGAAGAACACGUCAAAUUUAGCUGUGAAAUCUCUCCAUUAUUGUACAGUCUGGAGGAUUCUCAGUCCAUUUUGACAACUAUGAAAUAUGUUAACUCUUAGUGCCAUCAAGUAUCCCAUUUGGGAGGAUUUUUGAUUUUUCUACUUUUUGUUGAAAAAAGGAAUUUGUACUCUGUGCAUUGGAUGGACUUGUUUGGUACUUGGGAUUUUCCUCUCUUACAGUCAACAUCAGUGUUGUCAAUUUGCUAAACUGAUUCACUUCCUCACAUUUAGCAGCAGACUUUGGACUGCAGUCCUGCCAAUUUUGGACACUGAGGACGUCAAAUUGAGCAUGUACAUCUAAACUGCAGAUCAAGCCUUUGCCCAAAUUUUAAGGAUUCCAAUGGACAACAUAUUUGCACAGUACUGCAUGUUGAUUAUCACUGCCUUUUACUCCAUUUCUUUCUUUCUUUCCUUGUUGGGUUUUUUUUUUUGUUUGUUUUUUGUUUUGUUUUUGCUUCCAUUUGGGAUGGGGAAGGCCUCCGCGUGCGUGCGUGUGUGUGUGUGUGUGUGCGUGUAUUGGGGAGGGGUUCAACAAAAAAUUAUCCCUAACGUUUUAAUGUAUUGCUUUUAUUCCUCCCCCCCCACCCUCCCCCACCGCUCCAAACUUCUCCCCUACCUUUUUAAGUUCUGACCUCAGGGCUCAGGUGGGCCCAGAGCCUCUUGGAGGCUUCAUGUUUUCUGUACUUUGUGAUGAAUGUUAAUAGGUGUUUUUAUUAUACGAAGCUGAAUGUCAUUGAAUUGUUUGUAGUUUUUUCUGUCAUUCAUUCCAGUUACCUUCAGAUGCCACCAUGUUUUCUUUCGCUAUGGAAAACAUUCCAUUUUGGUGUCUCUUUUUCUGAAAAGGUCCCAAAUGCUGCACUAUGUCCGUGGAAAGGUUGUCCAACAGAGAGGAAGGGAAUGAAGUACUGCAAGAAUGAGAAUGAAUGACAGAUGAACAUAGAAACACUGUAGGAAGCAACACAGAUUCAUUCCACAAAGCAGUAUUUUUUUUAAUUUUUUGUUUCGGUUUUAGUUUUUUGAGAUAUAUAUAUAUAUUUUUUUUUUUUUUUGGCAGCAACGUUGAAUAUUAGCAAAUGCCACAAAAUUGAACAGCACAAAGAAACAUAUGCAGCACCGGCAGAACUCACUUCAUUAGAGAACGAAUACUACAGUGGCAAGCUCUCAGUUGUUUAACAUGAGUUUUAAUGGGCCAACAAAUCUUUCUGGAAUAUCUAAGAUUACCAAAAUGGGGGGACCUAUACAUUUACGAUGCUAAUUUUUUUUUUUGGUUUUUGUGUUUUAAAAUUUUUUUGCGUUUCCAAAUAGUGGUUGGAAAGAUGACUUCAUUAAACUGUUGUUGUACGCGGUGAUGUUUCGCAGUUCAACAUCAGUUCAGGAUUGCUCGACGGCAUUAAUCUGUUUGAAUACAAAUUAGAUUUCAGAUUGAACUUGUUACGGGAGUUAAUAAGGACUGAGCCCACUAAUGCUAAAGUGUUAAUUUCAACUGUGCAAAUCCUGUACUGCAGUUAAGAUUGUUAUGCAAUAUUACACCAGCCAGUAUCAAAACCUCAUAGUAGAAACCAGUGAAUAUAGGACAAGAGCUAGGACUGGGGCUUGUUUGGCAAAACUAGCAGUGCUCGACGAAGCAAACAUUACAGACAAAAAAGCUGUUGUUAUAGGUCAGUAAACCUUGGUCACCAAACACCUAAACGUUUUCAUUCUGCAGCCACUUUUCUGUCACUCAUUUAUUUAUGUAGGACUGUAGCUUUUUUUAUGAUUUCAACAAAAAAAAAAAAAAAAGCCUUUCAGAGCUUAAUUUAUAUUCUUCUUUGUACCUUUUUUUUUUUUUUUUCUAAAAUUACCAAAGAUAUUACACAAAGGUAAAUUAUGUUCUCUGUUAUAUGCUUUAUCUUAUGAAGCCAAAUAUCCUCUUAUUGUUGAUCAAAGGAGGUUGAAGAAUUUAGAGGGAAAUGACAAGAUAUGGGCUAUUGCUAAUCCGAGAGAGAAACUGCUCCUUUAUUCUAGUAAAUUUAGAAGGCCAAGUAGAUGACUGAACCAAAGUUGUUACUUUUUAUUCGUGUUCCUUUAAAGCGACCAAACUGAAAUUCUGUAACGAGAAAUCGAGGAGAGCUUUUGAGACUCAGCCUAGGAAACAGUGUUACAGGAGGAGCUGUGAGAAGGGAGCGGGAGAGAGCAAACGCGCACACAUACGGUUCUUUUGCAGAAAAUUAGAGUAUCAAAUAAAGGAGACAGUUUUAAUAAAAUCCAGAAGAGAACAGAAAAGCUCCCACAAUUUAACUGGACCACAUAAUAGUAUUUCUAGAGUAAAACAAAUUUUUGUUUUGGUCUUUGGUUUUACAGAUUGUAUGCCACUUUUGUUUAAGGAUUGUGCUAGGAUGGCAGCUUUAAUUUUGGUUUAUCUUGGCACAUUUGCUCGGUUUUGUUUAGUUGUUUCGGUCAGCAUGUUUCAUAAGGAAAUAACACUCCUGUCCACUCUCAAGCUUUGGUACAAAAAAGAUAAUAAUUAUUGGCAGUUACUUUUCUAAAGCUCAACUCUGCUUUCUGUUUAAAAAAAAAAAAAGAAGAAGAAGAAGAAAAGAGAGAGAAAAAAAAAAAGGGCAGUCUGUGGUCAUUUGAAACAUUUUUUUUUUUUUUAAUUAUAUCCAGGCAGCUUCAUGACGUGCCGGCGGUAGCCAGAUGGGGAUCACGAGAAGUGAUCCCUGUGCUUCUAAACUGAGUGGUUUGCUGGUUAGUUCGGUAUUCAAAAAGGGGAUAAAAAUCUGGUAGAUUAGUUCAUUCUCAGCAUGUGUAGCUAGACAUGAGUAAAGAUAACAGCAUGAGAAACUGUUAGUACGCAUACCUCAGUUCAAACUGUUAGGGAAUGAGUAAAUAAAAAAUACAUUUCACUCAGUUGCACUUAGUUGUAUGUCUUGCAUGCUUAGUCUAAAGACUGUAGCAAAAAAAAGAAAAAAAAAGAAAAAGAAAUAAAAAAUUAGAUUUUAACAUAUCUGGCAGGUGUCACAGCCUUGCAGAAGAACCAACUGAAAAUCUCAGGCUUUACAUCAAGCAAACUUCACUAUGAUUUUUACAAUUCUGAUUCUGUAUCCCUUUGGAUAUACAGUUGCUUCUUUAGGGUGGGGUUUAUUAUGUUGUACAUAUAUAUCCCAAUGUGUCUGUGUGAGCCUUUGUCUUUUGGGGGCGGGGGGGAGGGAAGAAAAGGUGGAAAGGUCCUUUUUUAGAUAUCAUUCCUCAAAAGGAAUAAAUGCAUACCUGUUUGUCAAAACACCUUUUGCUUUUUGUGCAACUGCUUUAUAUUAACUAUACUAAAAAAAAAAAUAGCUUUGAAAAAAAAACUACUGUAUGUAAUGGAAUUGCAGAAUAUGCUGCACAUGUAUUUUAUUUAGUUAUCCUUGCUUUAAGAAUAUUGGAUGACAUUUGCUGACAUGUGGGAGAAAAUCCCUGACUUUUUUUUUUUGUUGUUUUUUUGGUUUUUUGCUUUAAAUUGUAACAUAGUUGACAGAUUUUUUUUUCUCCUGUUAUCAUUGAUUGACGCAUUUUUGUACAGUUUUUGUGUUUAAGCUGGGUUUUUUUGAUACUUUCCCACCCCUUCUGUUAUCUUACCACUGCCUUUUCUGGCUGUCUUAAACAAAGUUCAUAUAUUUGAAAGGAAAAAAAAAAAAAAAGUUGUUUAAAAAAAAAAAAAACCACCUGUUUUUCUCCUGCUGCAGUAAAUAUUUUGCAUGAUGAAUUCCAGGGUCACACUUUCAAAGUUUAUCAGUGAAGUAGUGAUUAAUAAUGGGGAGUGUCAAACUAUUGAACUUUUGUAUAAAAAAAAAAAAAAACUUUACAAGGUGCCAAUAUGUAAAGACAAUUUGUUACAUGUUUUUUUUCUCAAAGAAAAGCGUACAUUAUGAAAGUAGUACCAUGUAUCAGGUAAAUCGCUGUCAGGAAUGAGAGUCAAAGCCUUCCUUGUCCACAAAAAAAAAAAAGUUUGUAAAUGUAAAACCUGUUAGGUUUCGGCAUUCGACUAGAAGUGAACUGAAAGAAAAAAAAAAAAAUCAAGGCUUAUGUAGAAACCGUGAAUCACGAAAUCUGUUACUUUGUUUGAUCCACACUUCUGAGAAUUUCACCAGCUUUCCCAGCACUCUUCUUCGGGUCAGAUUUUGGGGAGAGGAUGGGGCAGGGGUUCUGAUUCUACAAAUAUUGCAGAUCGUUAGCCAUUUUUAUAUAUAUGUGCAUAUAUAUAUAUAGAUAUAUAUAUAUCUCUAUAGAAAAAAAAAUUAAAUAAUUUUGAACUAUCGUAGUUUUCAGAUUGCCAACAAGCUACAUUCCGCAUCGCAUGGAAAAUGUGUGAAACUCUUUUGAAAUCCUUUGGUACCUUUGGUUAAUGAACCUCCGACCAAGUUUUUAGAUGUUUCAGAAAUUGUUCAGCAUUCGAGUCUUGAGAGUCAAAUUGGCAGUUAUGACUGCGUUUUAAUGGGCCCAGAAUAGUUAACAAAGUCUCUUCUACCCAUAAGCCUUGAUGAAAAUGGUACAGUCCAGACUGUUAGCAUGGUGCUUCAUGUGUAUGUGCUGCCAGUAACGAGAUUUUUUUUUUUUUUUUGAUAAGGCAUAAAAGAAACUCAUUCCUUACAUCCACUGUAAUUCCAUCAUUCCAUGUCUGUUGAUACAGACAAUAAAAAAUGUUGUGUAGUCAGUACUAAUUACUGACAUUAUAGCAUUCUCAAAUGCAAUAAAAAUGCUGGUUGUUCACACUGGUAAUACAA